AUGAUUAGCCGGUUCUGGUGGGGUAGCAAGCAAGGGGAGAGGAAGAUUCUCUGGAUAAAUUGGAAUGCUCUUUGUCAACCUAAGUAUGAUGGGGGUAUGGGGUUUAGAGGCUUCAAAGCUUGGAGACUUUCUACUUGUACAGAUUCACUGGUAUACAAGUGCCUCAAGGCACGUUAUUUUCCAAGGACUGAUUUCAUGGAUGCUUUUGUUGGUGGCUUGUCAAGUUAUACAUGGCGCAGUAUUCAACAGUCAGCAUGGAUACUUAAGAAAGGAACUUAUUAG